CUCUGGUGCUCCUCUGCCUCUUUCUGUUAGCGGUGGAUUAAACCGAACCGGCUCAACCUUCACUCAUCAUUUUCACCACCGUUACAAGCUGUGUGCCAACCGGACGCGAGGGCUUCAAACCUCCACACAUUCAGGACAUUCUUUGUGUCCGUGUUUAUGAGUUUGAACAGCGUUUCUGGAAUUGAUAGUUGGUUUUAGGAGACGCAGCGCUUGAACCAAGGUCCUGUGGCAGUGGAUUCGGGUCGUCCUGUAUCCGAGGACGAGUUUUUCUUUCUUUUUUUUUUUUUUUUUCCUUCUUGGAUAAGGGAAAAGGUUGAAGGCCAAGAUGCCGAAACCGAUCAACGUACGGGUGACUACGAUGGAUGCCGAGCUGGAGUUUGCCAUCCAGCCGAACACCACAGGCAAACAACUGUUUGACCAGGUGGUGAAGACUGUGGGGCUGCGUGAGGUCUGGUUUUUUGGGCUACAGUACACAGACAGCAAGGGCUACACCACAUGGCUAAAGCUCAAUAAAAAGGUAACCCAGCAGGACGUGAAGAAGGAGAACCCUUUGCAGUUCAAGUUCCGAUCAAAGUUCUUUCCAGAGGAUGUCUCUGAAGAGCUGAUUCAGGAGAUCACACAGCGUCUUUUCUUCCUGCAGGUGAAGGAAUCUAUUCUGAAUGAUGAGAAUUAUUGCCCUCCUGAGACGGCAGUGCUUCUGGCUUCCUACUCCGUCCAGGCCAAAUACGGCGACUAUAAUAAGGAGGUUCAAAAGCCCGGCUACCUUGCCAAUGACAGGCUGCUGCCACAGAGAGUUCUAGAGCAGCACAAGUUGACCAAAGAACAGUGGGAAGAGAGAAUACAGACCUGGCAUGAGGAGCACAGAGGCAUGCUCAGAGAAGACUCUAUGAUGGAGUAUCUCAAGAUCGCUCAAGAUCUGGAGAUGUACGGUGUGAACUACUUUGAGAUCAAGAAUAAGAAGGGUACCGAGCUGUGGCUGGGCGUGGACGCUCUGGGUCUUAAUAUUUACGAACAUGAAGACAAGCUCACACCGAAGAUCGGCUUCCCCUGGAGCGAGAUCCGCAACAUUUCCUUCAACGACAAGAAAUUUGUCAUCAAGCCCAUUGAUAAGAAAGCACCAGAUUUUGUCUUCUACGCACCACGGUUGCGGAUCAACAAGCGCAUCCUUGCGCUGUGCAUGGGUAACCAUGAGCUUUAUAUGAGGAGAAGAAAGCCAGAUACCAUUGAGGUGCAGCAGAUGAAAGCUCAGGCCAGAGAGGAGAAACAUCAAAAACAAAUGGAAAGGGCUCAACUCGAAAACGAAAAGAAGAAGCGUGAGCAGGCAGAAAAGGAGAAGGAAAGAAUAGAGCGUGAGAAAGAUGAGCUGAUCGAGAGACUCAGGCAGAUUGAAGAGCAAACGGCAAAAGCACAGAGAGAGCUGGAAGAUCAGACACGCCGAGCUCUGGAACUGGAACAGGAAAGGCAGAGGGCAAAGGAGGAGGCUGAGAGACUGGAGAAGGAAAAACAGUCCGCUGAGGAGGCACGAGCAACACUGGCCAAGCAAGCAGCAGAUCAGAUGAAGACCCAGGAACAACUGGCUGCAGAACUGGGAGAGUUCACCGCCAAAAUUGUCCUGCUGGAAGAAGCAAAGAGGAAAAAGGAAGACGAGGCCAGUGAAUGGCAGCACAAAGCACUGUCAGCACAGGAGGACCUGGAGAAGACCAAAGAGGAACUGAAGAACGUCAUGGUUGCAGCGGUGCCAGCCGUGCCAGCAGGCAGUUCAGCAGAGAACGAGCACGAUGAGCAGGAUGAGAGCAGUGCCGAGGCCAGCGCCGAACUCUCCAGCGAUGGCCUGGCACAUCUAGAUACGGAGGAGGACCGUCUCACAGAAGCCCAGAAAAAUGAGCGAGUCAAGAAGCAGCUCCAGGCUCUGAGCUCAGAGUUGGCUCAGGCCAGAGAUGACACCAAGAAGACACAGAACGAUAUGCUGCACGCAGAAAACGUCAAAGCCGGCCGUGACAAGUACAAGACGCUGCGCCAGAUCCGCCAGGGCAACACCAAGCAGCGAAUCGACGAGUUCGAGUCCAUGUGAGGGGUGCUUUCCCCGACCCAGCCCUCAUUACUGCCCCACUCUCGAAGCUGCAGCCCCGAUGCCUUGGCAGCUGGCUUACAAGCACAGCUUUUUAUAAACCAGCUCAUCCCUGCGCCCCUGUAACCUUUAACCGAUGACUUUUGAUCCCAUAAUUCCACUCUGUAGAGAGGCUAGAGGGAUACGGUCGCCACCUCACUCUCACACUUUGCCAAAGCUCUCGCCGUCCUUGAUCAGCCAAUCAGGCUGCCUAAUUUAAGCUCCUCCCACGCCCUACUUGAAUCGCCUGUUUAGGACAAGCUGUGUAUCAUAUCUUUAUGAACAUUUAAAAUUAUAUUUUCUUUAGAGAAGUUACUAAAAUAAUAAUGUCAUUUAAGGGGGAAAGGAAGGAUAAAGAGCUAAAAGAGAGCUUUUAUCAAAGUCACCGUUUAUUUCUGAUUUAUUAGAAAGUUUGUCCACUCAUGCUUUAUUUACAAUAUCUGGAGUUGCAAAGUGUUUCUUUUAAACGUUUUUCUUCAGUUCUUCCCAUUUUAUUAACACGCUGCUUUUAGUUUCUGCGUAUUUCAUGGUGUAGCAAACUCGGAUGGUGGGUAUUUGUUGGGAUUUUCACCUUUAUUGUCCCCCAGUAAGCACUCUUUUUUUUUUAAGCACUCGUUUUUUUUCGUAGUGGCAGAAAGUGCAAUAAGGAGCCGCAAACGAACGCCAGGAACCGCCGAAGCGCUGUCGGUAAACAGGUGUGAUGAAUGACUUAACCAAAACUGGAUAACCAAAUGGAAGCUAAUGUCUGCAUCAGCUAGGAGUUACAACUCAGUCUUACAUGUGUUGAGAAAUGCCACAUAUUAGUUUAAGGGAAGUUUUAGUUCUAAACUGAGUUUGUUUGUUCACUGUGUGCAGCUAUAGACCACUAGAAUAAAACGGGCCCUCAUUUACUAUCACACACCACGUUUUUGGGAAUAUGUUACACAUGGGGAGGAUGUUAUUGGUCAUGUUAUGUGUUAGUUAAAUAAGAUACGAGUGCAAAACAUAACAACUGUUUAUAUAAGCGGGGCAAACAUUAUAUAUACACAACCAAGUUCACAAGGCCGUGUGAGACGAAGUGUUUUCAGGUAGAAUAAAUUGAAUGUAGAGAAAAUCACAAUUAUUUUAAAACCACACUGGAUCCUAUUAAUAUUUAGUCUAUAGUCAGUUUGGUGUUCGUUCUCAGACUCCCAGCGUUUGGUGCCCGGUCUCCAUUUAGAUGGUUUUCCCUGCCUGCCGGCUCACAAAGGCCUUGCCAUGUCAGAUAGGCAGACAGACCAGCUGCUUGACUGAAUGCAUAAAUGAAGGAAUGAAUGUGUGUUGCUUGCAGAAAUGAGUGUGUGUGUGUGUUUGUGCCCUCACGCAGAUCUGUCUACCUCUCUGUUGUGUGAAUGUUAGUAUUAGUUAGUGAAUGACUGAUGUGCCACUUUUAAGGCCUCUCUGACCGGGGAGCAUAUGAAAACAUCAGUCCUGGAAUUAGGACGGCUCUCUACCUCAUUAAAGCAUGGAGACAGUCACAUUAAACUCUGGGUGUGUUCCUGAGCGCUCUUUAGGCAAAGACCUUCUUGGUAUCCCACAGUUGUGCACUGCUCCCUCGCUGGGGACGACCACUCACAUCUUCAGUUGAAAACUGUACGUAAUAGUAUUUAAAGUGGUAAUGACACCAAACUGCCAUAGAUGUAGUAAGUUAGCAUGGGGUUUGGGAUGCAGACAGAGACUCAUGAGCGACUGAUGUUCCUGUGUACUAAAAAAAAAAAUACAGAUGAAUGCCUCUAUUUUUACUCUUUAGGUUUUGAAAAUAUGGGUAUACAGGGAAAAGAUUUAGGGCUACAUUGUUUACCGUUUUACUCAUGGUAAUGACCUUCGCCCUGUUAGUUGAUGCAAGCUCAAAAAGUUGUACAUAAUCGUACACAGAUUAGAGUAUAGAGGAGCACAAUUUGCAUCACAGCAGUCAAUGCACCAUUCUAAUGGAUCAAUAGCAGGACUAGGCCAAAAUAUAUCCCUGUGAACAUAGCCUUCUCCUAUAGCCUUUAUCUUUUGGUUCUGGUUCUUGGUGUAGCAUUCAUUUUUGGAUCUUGGUAAUUAGAUUCAGAAUUAUUAGCUCAGUAUUGUUUCCAGUUUCAAUCACCGAGUAGUUCUGCUUCAUCGUCACACAGAGCUAAGAUAACGAAACCAAAGCUGUUGCAUCUGUGUGUUGGUUAUGUGCUCAUUGUUUUUUUUAUACGAUGAGAAUAAGUGUAUGUGAGAAACUGCUGAAGUGCAACAGUAGCGCAUUUCUUCUUCAGAAUAGCACAUUGUGAGGAUCAGGUGUAGCAAAUAAGUGUCUCCGAUCCGCAGACGUGUCGGCUGUUCGUCUUUCAGUUUCAUUCUUUCUAUAAUUAACAGUAUUGUGUGUGCACAACAUGAUCAGAUCUGUAAGGUUUUGUGAAAUCAGAUACAUCACAGCUGUAUCCAUGCUGACGAUGUGCUAGAGUUCCUUUCCUGAUUUAUUCUAGUCCCUCACAGGGAUGCGAAAGCAAAAUAAUGUCAGCCUGUUACGCUGCCUGUUUGUGACCUAUAGUUAAUUUUUCAGGUUGCAAAGUUAAUUAUAGCUGGUCCAUAAAUUCCCAUCCCAGGAGAAAAAAGGACACUAGGUCGUUCCUCUAAAAUCUCCUUGAUUAAAAAGCUUUUGAAGGAGCAUUUAGGGGUUUUUGUUGUUGUACUUUUUUUUCUUUUGUAUUUAACUAUGCUAUUUUUGUUGAUUUUAAACAGUCAGGCAAUGUUGGUUCAGAUAUUGACCUUAAAGCCUAAAAGCACUUGUUUUGAUGUUUAGGACACCGAGGAGCUUUACAACUACCCUGCAGUUCAUGUGUCCGCAAACCUAGCAUGUAUUGCCAUAGUAGGAGAAUUAAGUGCUUCCAAAACAUUUAAUGCUUUACAAAUCGAAAUCACCAGCGUUAGCAUGCUAGCCCUCGCUAAAGAGGAAAGAACUGCUACCUUACUGCCACAACGGUGUGAAAAGUUGUGGAUUUUGAGUUAUGGUUUUCUAUUUUUAAGUUAAUUUUGUUGUCCUAUUCAUGGAUGUUGUCCUACUAGCGUUGAAAUUAUUUAAAAGAAAAAAACCCUUCCAGAGCACAGCUGCUACCGCUGCUUUUGUAGCUAGCUGUCAUGUUUGCUAUUUCCCCCCUCAUUUGUUUAUAUAGCUUUCUGUUCUAUAGAAUUAACACAGUGAGGCUUUGUUCAUGACUACAUAUGUUCAAAAUAAAGAUUAAACAUGUA